AUGGAGCCGAGAGCAUCAGCGGACGCGACAGCAACGGAGCCUUUGGACAACGGGAAGCCUAUCUUCGAGUGCAAUAUAUGCCUAGACACGGUUUCCAGCCCCGUGGUGACACUGUGUGGUCAUCUCUAUUGUUGGCCGUGUUUGUACCAGUGGAUGCAAAACCACUCUGAGUGUCCCGUGUGCAAGGCUGGAGUCAGUGAGCAGAACGUGAUCCCGGUGUAUGCUAGAGGAGCUGAUGCUACCGACCCACGGACACAGCAGGUGUCCGACAGCGGUAUCCCUCACCGUCCUCGAGGACAGCGUCCUGAUGCCGAGCAGCUCCGGCGACGACGUCCAUACAAUUUUGGCAUCUUCAACGGGAACGGGCAAGGUAAUGCGUUCUCCAUGUCGCCAACAAUUGGGUUCUUUCCUGCCCUCUUCGGCGUGCCAUACCAACCACCGGCCGCUGCCAUGCACCACCAAGAUGGAACACCACUGACCGCGCAGGAAGCGCGCCAGCAGAUGCAGCAGGCCUUCCUGUCCCGCUUUCUUUUGAUCGUCGGUAGUCUCGUCAUUCUCUGCCUCAUCACGUUCUAG